ACCUCAACAAAUUCAGUUAGAAGACUAAAGUAAACAAACAAUGGCUGUCGUUGAGCAGACUGAAGAAUACAAAAGGAAAUUUGUGGCCGAAGUAAUGGAAUCCCUGAAAGACGGUAUUAGCACAACUGUGCAGCUUGCAAGAGAUAUGCAAACAGUUGACUUCAACAACAUGGAAAACGACUCGGGGAAAUUUAGAAAAUCCAUUCUGGAGGCCAAGAAAAGUCUUUCACAGGCCGAAGAUUCCGCAAACUGUCAACUCGCAAAAGUUAAUGAAAAAUGCAUAAGCCUUACUUGUGAUAAGAAUCAACUAGAAGAGGAGGAAAAGGUCAGAAAGGAUAAUUUAAAUGCAGUGCAGAAGGACCUACAACAUUUUGAAGAGUUGCUGAGAAUUUCAAGAGACAGUCUCAAUCAGGCAAUCAGAAAUCGGUCUUCUGCUGAGGAAAGUGUUGAACGAGCCAGGCAGCGAGCAAGACAAGAGGAGACUAACAGAAAUAUUGGCAUCGGAUUGUUGUUUAUACCAUUUAUUGGUCCUAUCAUUGGAGGAACAAUGAUUGGUGUUUCUCAGAAGGCCAUGGAAGACGCCCAGUAUGCUGCCAGAAUCGCACAAGAAAAUGUAGACAGUUGGAGUAGGAAUGUCAAUACUUAUGAAGGAAAUAUCCGGGAUUACACAGGUAAUGCAGACACCCAGAGAAAUAAUAUUGAAUCAAUCAACAGACGCUUGCAGGAAAUUUCCAGCAAGAUGGAGAAUCUGUCUCGAAUGCGGCAAGGGAUGGGUGAAGUUCAGAAGAAGCUGAAGGAUGCCACCUCCUUCUUGACCACACUGGCAGGAAAAAUGCAAGCACUGGAGGUGCAAACCAGGGUCGUCAUUUUCUUUGAGCCAUUAAUUGAAAUUAUAGAUGACAUCUCCCAGUAUCUGUUCAAGCAAAAGUACCUGGAGCUCUUCCAGAAUAAUGUUGAGCCAAUGAUCAAGCAACUGAAACAGGAGAAUGCUCGCCUUAGAGAGAUCUAUAAUUUUGUCAGUGAUUCUAUUCAGUUUUUAUAAGCAAAGAGUAAUGAAAUGUUAAGUAUGUUGCAUUUUUUUUAAAUCUAUGGUUG